UAUGACAGAUCUCUCUUAAAAAAAUCGCGCCACAAUACACGAAGGUAGUGCUCAAGUCUAGAUCCAGUCUAUUCCAUCACUUUCGUUCGAUCUUAAGGUCAACAAUAGCCACCCUUCUAUAGACGUGAGGAGCCCCUCACACUUCGUCUUCUUCGUUGAAGUCAAGAUUCCAUAAUCCAAACACCUCUUAAGAAGAUGGAUUGAGAUUAGAUUCAUUGUAGCACAGGAAUUGAGAGGCAUGGGAGAGGAAGCAUAUCCGUGUCGCAAAAGGGCAGUAUUGCUCUUACUGGCAAUAUAUUAUGGACUUCUUUUAUCUGAAUUUCAGAUCACCUAUGGAUGGACUGACCAAGGGAUGUGCACAGGUAGCGCCACUGGGGAUGAAUGGCCAUGCACCGAUUACAAGCUUUCCUCAAAGUUGUUAAUUAAAGGAGGAACUGUAGUUAAUGCUGAGAGCCAGCAGGUGGCGGAUGUUUAUAUUGAAGAUGGUAUUAUUGUUUUAGUCCAACCUAACAUCAAGGUUGCAGAUGAAGUACAUGUCCUUGAUGCAACUGGUAGAUAUGUCAUGCCAGGUGGUAUUGAUCCCCAUACACACUUGGAGAUGCCAUUCAUGGGUCAAGAGACUAUUGAUGAUUUUUUUACUGGCCAGGCAGCUGCAUUAGCGGGAGGAACAACAAUGCAUAUUGACUUUGUGAUCCCGACUAAUGGGAACCUUGCACAUGGCUUUGAAGUCUAUGCAAAGAAGGCAGAAAAAUCUUGCAUGGACUAUGGUUUUCAUGUAGCUGUUACAAGUUGGAAUGAAGAUGUUGCUAGAGACAUGGAAAUGCUUGUUAAGGAGAAAGGUAUCAAUUCCUUCAAAUUUUUCAUGGCAUACAAAGGGGCUCUCAUGGUAAAUGAUGAGCAACUCUUGCAAGGUCUAAAAAAGUGCAAGUCUUUAGGUGCCUUAGCUCAGGUUCAUGCAGAAAAUGGGGAAGCAGUAGCAGAAGGACAAUCUAAAAUGAUUAACCUUGGUAUAACCGGUCCAGAGGGUCAUGCACUUUCCAGGCCUCCACUGCUCGAAGGGGAGGCAACUGCUAGAGCUAUCAGGUUUGCGAAAUUUGUGAACACACCACUGUAUGUUGUUCAUGUAAUGAGUAUUGAUGCCCUUGAUGAGAUUGUCAGCGCUCGCAGAUCUGGGCAAAGGGUAAUAGGAGAGCCAGUUGUUUCGGGCCUUGUCCUUGAUGAUUCUAAGCUUUGGGAUCCGGACUUCAAUAUUGCAGCCCAAUAUGUUAUGAGUCCACCAAUAAGGUCAUCUGGACAUCACAAAGCCCUUCAGGCUGCUCUUUCAACUGGGCUCUUGCAGUUGGUAGGAACAGAUCACUGCCCUUUCAACUCAACACAAAAACAAGCUGGGCUGAAUGAUUUUCGAAAUAUUCCAAAUGGCGUAAAUGGAAUUGAAGAGAGAAUGCACUUAGUUUGGGAUGUAAUGGUGCAGAACUCUGGUCAAAUAUCAGUCAUGGACUAUGUUCGAAUCACUAGCACAGCAUGUGCACGUAUAUUCAAUAUAUAUCCAAGAAAAGGGGCCAUUCUUCCCAACUCAGAUGCUGACAUAAUCAUAUUGAACCCAAAUGCAACAUUUCAAAUAAAUGCCAAGUCUCAUCACUCAAAGAUAGACACAAAUGUCUAUGAAGGUUGGAUAGGAAAGGGAAAAGUUGAGGUUACAAUUUCAAGAGGUAGAGUUGUUUGGCAACACGAGAAAUUGAUGGUUGAACGGGGAUCAGGACAAUAUAUAUCCAUGCCUCCUUUUGGUUCUCUCUUUGAUGGCAUUGACAAAAUGGAUUCAGAGUAUUUAUCUUCUCUAAGAGCUCCAGUUCAUCGAGAAAAUUCUCAUGUUGCAGAAAGCUAGUUUGACUCUAGCAUUGUUCUUAAUGUUUUCUUUUCUUCCGACAUAUUAACAAAAACAAAUCAGGCAAUAGUAAGUAGAACAUGCGUUAAUAUCAUGUAGUAUCUAAUCUCUAGAGAGCAACCAUUCUAUGCUAUAGGCAUUAAACAUUUGUCACAACUUCCUCCUGUCUUUUUAUAUCUAUUUUAUGCACACAGACAUGUAAACCAACAAACUUGAAAAUCGAGUAGCUUUUGUGCAACAAAAUAACUUGUAAAGCAACCAAGUAUACAAAAGUGGCACACUCUUUAGGAAUUUCUAUAAUCUAAUUGAAAAAUGUUUGUGAAUUCUAAUAGUAACGGACUCUUGGAUUGAAGUUCA